AUGACUUAUCAUAGAUUUAAUAGUCCACAACAAAGAUUACGAAAAUUUGAAAAUCAAUAUAUCACAAUAAAUAAUGCUGUAAAUGAAAAAAAAUUAUUAAUAGAAAGAUUAAAUCGAGAAAAAUCAAAUUUAACUAAUCAAUUAAAUCAAGAAAAAAACAAGAAUAAUCAAAUAACUCCUCGAAUAAAUAUUUUAAAUACUCAAUUAAAUCAAGAAAAAGUAAAGAAUCAAGAAUUAACAAAUCAAGAAAACAAUAUAAAUAAAUCUAAUAUUCAAGAAGAAACACUAAAUCAAAAAAAAAUAGAAGAGAAAUUGAAUAUUUAUAAAAUCUUGAUAGACGAAAUUAUAAAAAUUUUAGAUAUUAAAUACCUGGAUAAUGAAACGUAUGAAGAAAAAUUAAACAAUAUCAUCGAAUUUAAUAAUUUUUUAAAUAUUUAA